GAAUUUUAAUUUCUCCCACGUUCAACAUCCAAGUCGUUCCACAUCUUAGAGCAGAGCCUCUCAAACCUUAUCCCUCCCUAGCUCUCUCCCUCUGCUCAACGAGACGACGACACGUUGGGGGCAUGUGAGCGCCACGCCUCCGCCCUCCCCAUGCAGCCUCCCACGCCGCCGCUCGCCACCGGAGCAGCCGCGCUUUCGGCACCGCCGCCACCAACCACCACCCAAUCACCGUCGUCGGCGUCGACAAGGACAGCAGCAGGGAGGCGGCAGCUGCUCGUGUCCGGCCUUCUCCUCGCGGCGACCGGCGGCGCGCGAGCUGCCGCGGCGGCCGGAGGACGAGGAGAAGGAGCUCUGGUGGGGUACGACGGGCCGGUGGUGACGGAGGCGGAGCGGGCGGCGAGCGCGGCGGUGUCGCAGCGCGUCGGGGAGGCCGUGGGGCUCCUGGAGCUGGGGCGGGAGCUGCAGGCGCGCGGGGAGUUCCCGGAGGCGCUGGCGUCGUUCACGCGCGUGGUGCGGGAGUACGCGGACCUGGCGCUGUCGGAGUACGCGCGGGUGGGGCGGGCGCUGGUGCUCUACGAGAUCGGCGACCGCGACGAGUCCAUCGCCGAGAUGGAGGACGUCUCCAUCGCGCUCAAGGGAUACCCAGAGAUCCACGCGGCGCUGGCGGCGGCGCUGUACGCCGACAAGCACGCGGCGCUGCUGGCGGAGAACCAGUUCGCCAUCGCCACGCUGCUGGACCCGCACUACACCGACCUCACCUACGUCAGGGACACCAAGCACUGGCCGCCCAGCCUCGUCGCCUCGCUCCACGACUUCAUCACGCUCUCCUAGUCUAGCAGCUCAUCACUCCCAAAUGAAAAAUCUCGAUCAACUAGCUAGUAGCUGUAUACUUGUAUAGCAUGAAUACAUAGCGCACGCACCAACUAUUUGGUAAGUAAAUGGUAUGGUCAGAUACAUUGUGUUUGAUAGGAACCAAAAGCUAUCAUCAGUCAAAAGAUUGGUUUAUCGCUCGAGGAGACAAUGCGACAUUUUGAAGAUUCUCUCGACCAAGUAGCAUGAGUUGGGCUGCUUGCACUUUGAUAAAUACUUGGGAAAAUGUGUGCAAUUUAGGAACAAGAUUGAUUGUUGUUGCAACAACUUGCACUCUAGUUCUCUACUA